GCGACCGUUCUGCACAAAAGAUCCAGCACAAAGAUCUCUUGUGCCUGUGGAGCCGCUUUAUCACUUCUGUCAUUCCUUUUCCCUUGUCACCUCAUCGUGAUAUAUCGAAACACAUCACUGGAAGCCGCACAAACGACUGGAGACAGAAUGCCGAGUGACCUUGACAAGCAAAUAGAGCAGUUGACGAGAUGUGAACCUAUAUCGGAAGAACAAGUGAAGAGAUUGUGUUUCAAAGCACGCGAAAUCCUCAUCGAGGAAGCCAAUGUCCAGAUCGUAGACUCUCCGGUGACAAUAUGUGGUGACAUACACGGCCAGUUUUUCGAUCUGAUGGAGCUUUUCAAAGUGGGCGGGUUUUGUCCUGAGACAAAUUAUCUGUUCAUGGGCGAUUUCGUAGACCGAGGCUUCUACAGCGUCGAGACGUUUCUCCUCCUCCUCGCGCUUAAAGUUCGUUACCCUGAAAGGAUCACCCUGAUCCGGGGAAAUCACGAAUCUCGACAAAUAACACAGGUAUACGGCUUUUACGACGAGUGUCAGCGUAAGUACGGGAGCAGCAAUGUUUGGAGAUGGUGUUGUGAGGUGUUUGAUUACCUGGCGUUGGGUGCUAUCGUGGACGGAAGAGUCUUUUGCGUGCAUGGCGGGUUGAGCCCUAAUCUGCAGGCUAUCGAUCAGAUUCGCGCUAUCGACCGCAAACAGGAGGUUCCUCACGAUGGACCCAUGUGUGACCUCUUAUGGUCCGAUCCAGACGAUAUAUCCGGCUGGGGCCUAUCCCCUCGGGGAGCUGGCUUUCUUUUCGGCGCAGACAUUACGAAAGCGUUUGCCCAUCAUAAUUCCAUUGAUCUUAUUGCACGAGCGCACCAGCUUGCUAUGGAAGGUUAUAAACUCAUGUUUGACCGCACGAUCGUGACAGUAUGGAGCGCGCCGAAUUAUUGCUACCGGUGCGGCAACGUGGCUUCUAUUCUCGAACUAGACGAACAUUUGAGCCAGGAAUACAAAGUCUUUCACCAUGCGCCCUCGGUGAGUUACCACACCUUUUUUCCAUGCCCCGGUUUUUGCCUAAAGGCGAUAUGCGGGCGUUUCUUUUUCUAUAUGUUUAUUUACGUGUCGCCGCAUCGAAAAACUGGCGUUUUCUGAUGCCCAUCUGAUGCCGUCAUAUUAUAGGAUGUGCGGUCCAUACCUGCGAAACGCCCACCAGCAGAUUACUUCCUAUGAAGAGGGCGGAACGAGGUGGAUCUUCUAUAUAGAAAGAGAAAGAAAAAAAAAAGUACACAAAAAAAAGCACGUUUACCACACACGUCGCCUCACCGGGUCCGUGAGUGGUGGAGGAUGUCAUAAGCCCCUUUUUUGUCUUCCCUCCCUUCUUGCCGAAGGAGGCCACCUUGAGGACACAACCAUUUCCCGUUUCUGCCUUGCCGUUGGGGCUUCUGAAAGUGACGCCACCAAAUGAAAAAAAGGACACCCCAUGCAGGGAUAUGGCGAGAAUACUCUGCUUUUAGUAAGAAUGGAAUGGAGGUAGAUAGGGGUUUGACGAGAUGGGUAAUGUGGUGGCCAUUUUUUUUUUGAUGGCUUGGUGUUGUCGCCCUCUCCGCUGCUUGAGAACGUCAAAACCUUGUCAUUGCAUGUGCUCAGAUCUUUACUUCACCAUUCGUGAAAUAGCAUUCCUAGUUCGUGAGCGCUAUGAAUUCGAU